GGCCUGCGGAGCGCUUGGCGCUCUCUCGGAGCAGGACGCGCGUGGACGGCCCGCAGCCCUCGGCGUCAGCCCCGUCCUCACUCCGAGCCUCCGCGGUCCGCGUGACAUCCCGCCGUUCCGCGACCCGGGCCAUGGCCGCCGCGGGGAGUGCCCAGCUCCUGCGCGCCGCCUCCGCCGGCCUCGGGCGCCCGGCCUGCCGCUGGCGGCUCCUCGCCGGACCCCGCACGGGAGCGGGAGCGGGAGCGGCACCCGGCCGCCUGCCGGGGCGCCGGGGACCCGGCUUGGGUGGCGGCGCGGGCGCGAGCCGGCCGCUGAGCACGUCGGCGCCGGCGCGGAGCAGCUCAGAAGAUAAAAUAACAGUCCACUUUAUAAACCGUGAUGGUCAAACAUUAACAACCGAAGGAAAAAUUGGUGACUCCCUGCUAGAUGUUGUGAUUGAGAACAAUCUAGAUAUUGAUGGUUUUGGUGCCUGUGAGGGAACGUUGGCUUGCUCCACCUGUCAUCUCAUCUUUGAGGAUCACAUAUACGAGAAGUUAGAUGCAAUCACUGAUGAGGAGAAUGACAUGCUCGACCUGGCUUAUGGACUAACAGACAGAUCACGGUUGGGCUGUCAAAUCUGUUUGACCAAAUCUAUGGACAAUAUGACUGUUCGAGUACCUGACGCAGUGGCUGAUGCCAGACAAUCUGUUGACAUGGGCAAGAAUUCCUAAGCUACAAUAAAAGAAUAUUUUCAUGAAAUUUUCCUAUUUUUAUAAUUUCUUCUCAAUAUAACUAAGAACAUGGGUGGAUGAAUUUAUUAUUAUGAAUAGUUUUAGUAUUUUAGUUCACGUUGUAAAACUACUGAAUUUUGUAGUACGCAGUUUUUAUUUUGGUUAGAUUUUAAAAAUGUCAGCCAAAUACUAGAAAAUGGUUGAUUAGAAACGUACAUAUUUUACUUUAAAUGUGUAUAGCAACUUUUGCAAAAUGUUACCAUGAAAUCUUACGUCUGCUUAUUUAGAAGGUAGGUUAAUAAAAGGUAUUAUUACCCCUGUUUGGUGUGGGUGAAGGUGGAGCUCUAGAAUGGCUUCUUCAGGGCCUUAUAACUAAUUGGAAAAUUUGUACUAGAACCUGUGUUGUUACUGUUAGUUUUAUGUUCAGAAUAAAGCUGGAGAAACUGUGACGAGCUUAUGUAUAGCAGUAAUUAAGUAUAAAUGUGUAUGGGAAAGAUAUCCAAUUGCUCAGCGAAAUGCUUCAUUUCAAAGACUGUUAUUAACCUUACAAAUAAAUACUUCGAAUUUUUGAUUCAAUAAGGAGUGUAUGUCUAACAUAGGCAUUGUAAUGCUGUCAAAGAAGUUUGAUGUCUGUUCUGACUACACCAGGGGAAUAGAAUAAACUAAAAUUAUAUGCCUUUAUUCUUUUCUAAGAGGAGUAGUCUGUCUUUGAAAUCUUUUGAAAAUAAUGCUGAUUUAUGAAUUGUUGGCUCUAACAGAAAGGAAGUCUCAUGAACUCGGUCUCUGUGUCCUGAGCCACAGGCUGUGACCAGCUGCUGCACUGCAUAACCCAGAGGCACUUUCUCUCACAUGGUACGUGCAGAGUGCCCCUUGUGUGCCCCAUUCCAGAAAGGAGGCAGUGGUCUCAGCACCACAGAUCACCGAUUUCAUAUGGAAGACAUGAAUUGAUAACAACAAGGUGCACAGUGGGCUCUUUGGAAAUACACCUAACCUGGACUAAUUGUGAGAAUGAGCAGAACAGAUUCACUUAAAGUGAAUUAUAAGACAUUUGAGUUAGCUUCAAGUGCUUCAUUGCAGUUUGAUUAUUUAUGUAAAUGGGUUGGAUUUAAUUCUGUAAUACUUGGCAUGCAACACUUUUGUGCCCCAUUGGGAUGCAGUAUGAACAAGACAAGGGAUGACCUCAGGGAGCUCAGCUUUUGUUGGCAAAGAUAAAUGUAUACAUACACACAAACAAUUUGCUUAAACCAAACUGACCAAUUUGCCAAAUAGGAUUUUAAAUGAAUUAAUAUGUUGGUAGUUUAGGAAGAGCUUGAGGUAUCUGUGUUCAUUUACCACUUGAUGACUAGUAAGUACUUUCUAUAUGAGGGUGCUCUGCUUUCAGAGUUCUUCACAGCAAUCUAGUCCCUUUACCUGCAUCAGCAUUCUUGUCUUAUUAUAGGCAUCACCUAAACCCUCGCCUUUCCAGAACUAUUUUGUGGUGAUACUCAGCCAAAACACUCUAAAAUUUAGGGUCUUAAUUAUCUCAAAUUUCAAAUUAGAAUAGUUCAAAUUAAUGAAGCUUAAUUGUAUAAAAUCUAAAUUUACUAAAU